GUUAAUCGCCGGUGUAACCUUCUCGCUGGUUACCCAAACACAUUUCUCGUCCUGAAGAUUCAAAAGUGGUAGAUUUUCCAUCCUGAGGGAAUCACACCGUCGUUAUUUUUCUCAUGGUGUUUUUACGAUUAAAUAACUAUUUUUGAUUAUUAUAGUGUCAGUUUUUAAAUAUUCUGUAUCGGAGGCCCUUUAUAAGGAUUUUAAUAUUACAAAAUGGCAGAACCUGAUUUCUCUGAUUUGGUUUUUGAGGCUGAGCAACUCGCUACCGAAUUAGAAGGGGCUGAUGAAUUUCCAAAAAUUGAACGAUCCCUUAAACAAGUCUUAGAGGCCUCUCAGACAUUGUGGUCUCGCGUGAGUGCCACGGGGGCUCAAGACAUCCAAGCGAAUCUGCUUCUUGGGACAAAAGGCCUUGAUUUGCCCCAGGUCACGCAGAAACUUGAAACACUGAGUACAAGAAGGACGUUUGAACCCCUUGAGCCUGUCCCAACUACAGACAUACAAAAUUAUUUGAAGAAUGAGUCAGAAAACGCCAUUUUACAGUUGAUAGAAUCGACACAUUUUUCAACUUUUAAUUACAUCAGCAGGUUACACGCUUCAAAAAUCUCGGAUGAGUGGAACCAGCACAAAAACAACUUGAUGAAUUCACUUCUAGGUUAUUCAAAAGAAAUAAUAGAUAUACCAAUGAGAAAAGAACGCACUGUCAUCAAUGAGAGUCUUUUCGGACUCCAGAGUUCGCUCGACCAGACUGAAAUGGCUUAUGCAAAAUGCCUGAUGGACUACAAUAAUGCCCAGCUGCAAGGCCUCCCGAAAGUCAACUUGCUCGAAUCAUUUCAGAAAGCGGCUUCCGUUCAAGACAACCCUAAAUUGAACGAGAUGUGGAAAAUGUUGAGUUUUAUGACUCAACUCCCACCACAAGGAAAGGGUGACCCACUAGUAGCAAGGGCACAGCCUCAAGUACAGGAAUGCAUGGUUGAACAGGCACUAAACUACCUCGAGCAAAGGUAUAAAGAGUACAUGAACAUGGUCGUUAGUGGCAAUAUGGGAACUGCAAAGAGAGGCGGUGUCCCUGGAACUUAUCCACUUGUCAGAGGAUUUUUAAGCGUUAAAAAUAUAGGCAGUGAACUAGGUCUAGAAGAGACUUACAUUGACGGAUUGCCACUCUGGCCUUUGGUCUAUUACUGCCUUCGUUGUGGUGAUAUCGGUGCUGCCUUUCAGUGCGUGCAGCAGGCCGGCCCUUCAAAGAAAGACAUGGUGAUGGUACUGCUAGAUUUAAAGGACAGCCCGCAACGAAGGUUGAGCACUCAAGCCGAAAUGGAAGUGCGGUGCAACUACAGGAGAGUCGUACGAUCCAGCACAGACCCUUAUAAAAGGGCUGUUUAUUGUCUGCUGGGAGCGUGCGAUGUCAACGAUGAUCACAAAUCCCUAGUGAAAACGGCAGAUGAUUAUCUGUGGAUGAAACUUUGGCAGUUGAGAGAAGAAGAACCUGAGCCAGUACCAGAUCGUCUAUAUUAUUCUCUUCUACAAACUUUAGUCCUUGAGGAAUAUGGUGAGCAAUAUUAUAAAGCUGGUGAACAGCCGCAUUUGUUUUUUCAAAUGUUGGUUCUCACUGGUCAGUGGGAAUCUGCAAUUGACUUUCUGAUUCGUGUCGACAAAUACAGGGCCCAUGCUGUCCACAUGGCUAUUGCAAUUCAUGAGCUCAAUUUACUUGCUUUGCCAGCUAGCAUGAAUUCACCAUUACUUGUUAUUGAUGAAUCGGACAAAGUGCCUAUGAGGCGAUUGAAUCUUCUAAGACUGAUACUGCUUUACACUCGUAAAUUUGAGUCAAGUGACCCGAAAGAGACACUCCAUUAUUACUACACCCUUAGGAAUUUCCCAGGAUUAGAUGACGACAGAGAUGCAUUUUCAUCCUGCGUUAUAAAUCUUGUAAUUGAAACAAAAGAAUAUAAAACAAUACUGGGUUAUCUUGAAGUAGACGGUACAAGACAUUCUGGCCUUUUGGACAAAUUUGAAACUGGGCAUAUCAAUGUGAGAACAAUAAUUGAAAGUGUGGCUAGCACGGCGGAGUCUCGAGGUCUAAUAGAAGAUGCAAUCAGUCUUUAUGAUCUUUCAGAGAACCAUGAGAAAGUAUUGAGCUUGCUCAAUUCGAUGUUGAGUCAAGUUCUUUCUAGCCCUUCAAGCGAUAAGACCUCGCAGAGAGCAAGGCUGGUGCAGAUGGCAGAGAAAAUUGAAGCCCGUUACAGAAACCUGACUGUCAAGUGUAAGGCCUCGACACUCACCACUUUCAUCAUCCUCCAUCAGCUCAUCCAGUUCUUCGACAUGUAUCGCUUCAAAGAAUACAACAAAGCCCUUGAUAUAAUUCAUGCUUGCAAAAUCAUUCCUACAAGCGAAGAUGAGAUGGAAGACAGAAUUAAUAAUUUCAGAGUACUGGAGGACUCCAUCUCAAGAAACAUUUCUGACAUCCUUCUAGCAACUAUGCACAUCUACCAUUGGCAGUAUCAACAAACUAUAGGAGAGCUAAAGAAAGGCACUGGACCUAAGCUCGAGGACAUAAACCAAUCAAAGCAAUUGAACUUUAUAAGAGAAAAGGCAAGGCUGUUGACAAGUUUUGCCGGUACGAUUCCAUACAGGAUGCCAGGAGAUACCAACUCUCGGCUUGUGCAACUCGAAAUUCGAAUGAAUUGAU